AGCAGCAGUAGAAGAAGAAGAAGACGAAGAAGAAGAAGAAGAAGUGGCUAAAAAAAACAACACGGGCACUUGGCUGUCUGUGAACAAAUAAGGUUACACAAUUAUCUGAGAGGUAUAAAUGGCAUCUAGUUUGUUUAAAUGCAAAAUGCAGAUUAAUUCUAAUGCUUUACUUAAAUCGUCGGCUGGUAAAAACAUGCAUUAGGUUAGUCGUGAAAGCCCACAGGAAGGAGAGACUGCCGUCUAUACUAACCUUAGCAUGACCAGCUAACUACAGCUUUCAGCUAACUUGACUACUCAUUUGGUUGUUUGCAGUUGGAAUAUGUUUACAGUUGAUGUGCUGUGUCAUAGUUUUGGUGUAAGACCUUAUUCAGUCGACUAUUGCGAGGUGAGCUUUCUUUUGGAGAGCUAAUUUUAGUCCCUGUAGCGCCUGUCUGUCAUUCUGUUGGCUGCUUCCUCAUGCUAACACACUUGCUGUCAGCUAGCAUUAGCCGCCUUAAAACAUCUGGUUUUGUCAGUGUUUACAUCUCAAGUACUCUGUUUAGCUGUGAAACGGACAAGGAUGGUGCUUUUCUGUGUUUGUGUUGGUCGCUUUUUGUUGGUGUCCUGAAGAUCAGUCCGCGUUGAGAUCCACUUUGUCCCUGUUUAUCAGACUGAGCCAUACAACAACAAAGCUAUGUUAUUGAAUGUGAACUAUGUUGCUGUACGUCCUUUAUCAAACCCAUUCCUUUAUUCAGCUUGUUUUGAUAUGCAGUCAUGGUGGAACAUAUAGCUUCAGAUGAACUCCUCUUGACAGUACAGGUAGCAGCAUGUGAAAGGUAACCCCCCGACACAUGAUGUAAGGAGAAUAAAAACCUUUUGACACCUGGAAGCAGCUGCUGACAUGAUGGACCUGAGACUGGCCCUAAGGAAUCCCCAGCCUCACAUUUUUAUAAGAGCCUGGGGAAAAUGUUGCUGAUUAUGGAUCUAGGAUAUUCUCUUCAAUGAGAUUGACAUUUCACAAAACCUCAAUCAAACAGCUGUAAGGAACAUGGAAAAAGAGGCAGCUCUGCAGGAGGUGGGUGGAGUGAUGGAUGCUGAGGAGGAGAUCCCUGAUGGAGGAUCCACUUCAGGGACAAACUCUAGCCAGUGUGAGGCCAGAGAUGAUGACCUUGAGCAGGAGGAUAAAACAGCCUAUCUCAAAUCUCAGGACACCUCAAAUGCAGCCACUCCCGAUGACGCUGGAGUUGCAGAAGCAGAGUAUUGUGGAUCUACAGAGGCCAAAGAGGAUACUGAGGAGGCCUCAGACGGGUUUGAUCAUGACAGCAGCGCAGAUCACGAGAACUUGCAUGUUAUAAAUCAAGAAGAGGAUGAAGCUGCAAAGGAGCAACAUAUGAAUGGGGAGUCUGGUUGGAGGACAGGAUCUGGAAGGAGAUUUAAACUAAGAAGCACCGGCUCAUUUUCAGAGCAGAGCAGUCAAAGUGCUUUUUCCUCAUUUCAGCGAGAGAGAGUCAUGUCAGGUGGAGGAAGACACAAGCAGACCCGCAGGCGCAAUCACCACCACCAUCAGCAGAGCCGAGCUCGGCGACGAACAAGCAACCAACUCUUCUUGGCUUUCAAGGACAUGCUGUCAGAGUUUGUGAGCUUCUGGUGUAUCUCCUGCGUCCACAUGAUGAUUGAGAUUAUUGUCACAUUAACUCACAACUGUGGAGUCGGUGUGGAGACUGGAGGUAUAAAACUUUACAACUUUGGGCAGCAGCUUGUUGGAAAGAUGACGGAUAUAGCAGGAAUGAAGGCGGAUGCUAGUCGGUUUGUGAAAUGGACAACAAGCACAGGAACAGACAUGGCUGAUAAAAUUGUGAGGUCUGCAAAUAGGGUAAAAACGGCUGCCUUAUCUUGUAUGAGACUUUUCUAUGUUUUGUUUAUUCUCAGUUCCCAGUGGGCAAAGGGUGUGUUUGUCCGGCUCACUGGAGAGAGGGGAAAGCGGUAUUGGACAGCUUUACAGGAAUCAAGGUUUUGGAAGAGGGUGUUAUCCCUGCUGGAGAGGGUUCGCAGCAGGUUUAGAAGGGAUGGACAUGUACCGCUUUCGAGUCCUGAAUCACCAGGCAGAGCGGGGAGAAGUCAGCCAGGCCAGGAGCUGGAGAGAUUGUUGGCCUUAGCUGAGGUACCUGAAGACGAGCUAGACCCCUUUACAGUUUUAGGUGUGGAGGUGCAUGCCACUGAAGCCGAGCUGAAGAAGGCAUACAGACAGCUGGCUGUCCAGGUGCAUCCAGACAAGAAUAAACACCCACGAGCUGGAGAGGCGUUCAAAGUACUGAGGGCUGCCUGGGAUAUUGUCAGUAACCCAGAGACACGACGAGAGUAUGAGCUGAAACGCAUGGCAGCAACUGAGCUCUCCAAGUCCAUGAAUGAGUUUCUCACUAAACUGCAGGAUGACCUGAAGGAAGCCAUGAACACCAUGAUGUGCACAAAGUGUGAAGGCAAACACAAGCGGUUUGAGAUGGAUCGUGAACCUGCAGAGGCCCGUUUCUGUGCUGAAUGCAACCAUUGCCAUAGCGCUGAGGAAGGGGACCUGUGGGCCGAGUCCAGCAUGUUGGGCCUCCGUAUCACAUACUUCGCCUUUAUGGAUGGCAAGGUGUAUGAUAUAACAGAGUGGGCUGGCUGCCAAAGGAUAAGCAUCUCCCCUGACACACACCGUGUGCCCUACCACAUCUCCUUUGGUUCAAAAAACAACAGCAGCUCUACACGAAACAGGGCACCUUCAGAGCCAUCUCCAGGUCCCACCAACCCUGCAGAUCUGCAGGACUUCUUCAACCGCAUCUUCAAGGGAGCACCUCCUAAUGACAUGGCUGCCAACGGGGGCUUCUUCCCCUCAGGUCCACCCCAUCACCAACCACCUGGUGCUGGAGCGCCUCCCUUCUCCCCUCCCUUCUCUCCUCCCCCAGGCCCAACCAAUUUCUUCAUGCCGGGGAGUCAACGGCCAGAGUCAAGUGAGACAUGGGCUGAAAGUGGGAAACCCCCAAGGAGGAGGAAGAAGGUCCGCAAACCCUUCCAGAGGUGAAGUGUGUAGACUUCUCAGUGUGUCAACAUCUCAACACAGGGACACAAUGAAUAAUGGCCAUGUUUGUCUCUUGCCUGCCUGUUGGCAUGUCUAGACCUGAAGUAGAGAAGAUUCAUGUGCGUCAGGCUGCAGUCAGCCGGAGGAGAGAGGAUCGUGAAGUGGAGCCUGGGGAUUGAAUACAAGUAUUGAAGGAGGUUUUAAGACAUGGAAGUCAUGGUGCUUUAUCUCUCACUCACCUUAUAUUUUUGUUGGUCUUAAAGACGACCGUAGCCUUGGCAUUUAAGUCCUUUUCAGGAUGCUCUAAUGAAACAUUUUCCUUUCAUAAUUUCCUGCCAAAUCCUGCAAUGCAUGAUUAUUUCACAAUGCAUUUGAACACUUCAUUUGUCUCACUUUUGUUUUUUUAUGAUUUGUCUCGGGUUAGUUUGGUUUCACUCAGAGGAAUGCUUGAAGAGAGCAGGAGAAUCAGUGUGACAGUGAUUUAUUGAUCACUUCAAUCCACAUGAAGAAGAUAAACAUCCAUGCAGCUUCACUGUGUCAGUGUAACUCAUCUUAGUGGCAUUUAGGUGUAGAUUUGCACCUUGCCAACAAUAAGUAACAAAUAAUCCAAACCAGCUCCACCCGACACAUCUGAACUGCAUGUAUGGAGUAUUGUAUGCUGUGAAUCUCUGGUUGUUGGCCUGCACACAGCACACACAGUUUUAAAUUCUUAAAAGUGACAAUUUGACAUUUUGAAAUGUUGGUGUUAUUCUUCAAGAAGGUUUCUUAGCUCUUUAAUAACAAAGACUCUGUUGAGACUUCAUUUAGCCAGACAAAACUUAAAUGUUGGUCGUAGUCUGACGGAUUUACAAAGGGAGUAAAACAGCACAGCAUAGUACACUUAUCAAUGUGAGUCUUAUUUGAUAUCAAUUAUUGUGCUUUGUACUAUUACUAAAGAAAGCCGGACCUGUUUGUAAGCAAACAAUGCUUUCAAAAGUUUAUUUGUACUAUCGGUGUCAUUUGGUUCGGUUAUUACUGCCUUCCCAUUCAGCCUUGAAUAAUACAUCACUUAUGAUCCAUAAGUGAAGUCUUAUUCCUAAUGAAAUAGCAACAUAUGCAACGUGUCUUUUUCGGGUUAAUACUUCUAAAUCUUACAACAUUUUCAUUAGGGUCGAACUUGUAAAGUGCCAUUUUAUGCAAGCUAUAAUGUUUUGGGGUAUGUUAAGCCAUAACUUCUACAGCAGUGAUUGAUCAUCAUUCAUGCAGCUCAGGAAAACAAAAACAAAAAACACCAUUAACCAUCAGACAGAAAGUUCUUGAAAUAAAAUAAUGCUGCUACUUCUGAGUGCGUCGAGCUAACAUCAGAUUUCUGUUCCGCCCUGGUUAUUCCAUUCAAAUGAAGUUUUGCUCUUAACUGGUGUCUUCUUGUGUUCAAUACUUCUCUCGGUGAGUUCAGCUUUCAAAAUGUCAAAGUCACAGGUUCACAGAGAAUUGGGGCUACAUUUAGUGAACAGAUUUUUCUUUUAAUCACUGCAGUAUUACAGUUUAUAACAACAUGAAGGUGUCAGGAAAAUGAUAGAGGUUGUAUUUUUGGGUUUGGUUUCUUGAAGGGUUCUUGAAUAGAAAUAACAGUUUAAUUUUCUUCUUUUUAGGUUAAUUUAAGAAAACAGAACCAUCAUUGUUUACACCUGAUAUGUGAUGAUAGUGAAAUGGAUUUUAUGUGUGAAAAAGCGUUUGGUAAAAAGGUUAUUUUUUAAUAUAUUGCCAGUUAAUGAGGAGAAAAAAAACAUAAUCAUUGUAUUUUAGUUGGUUUUUGUUGUUUGCACAUCCAUCCAGGUUGUAACACCAGAGGGGAUUUGAACCGUCAUCAGAGUCCUCCAGCUGUAGCUGAGAUGGAGUUGUAGCUUGUGAAGCUAAUGGCUUAUUUGCUAAUUGAGACAUUUUUUGGGGGGGGGGAUGGGGGGGAAUCUGAAUGUUUACCAAUAACAAAACAAACCACCAAGACUGUUCACAUCUGGAGAAACCCCAGGUCACAGUUUUGUGAUGCCUAUUGAGGGUUUGGUAGCUCGAACACAUGAAACUUUGUUGCAUGAAUCAUUGAAGCAGGACAUUGAGUUUGCCACGCGUUUUUCAAGUUUCACAUUGUUUUUUCUUUCAUACACAUUUAACGCACUACCCAGACAUGCAUUGAGUAAUUGUCCACUUAAAUGGCUCUUCUUUCUAAAUGAGAUCGACUCCAAAGGUUUAAAAAAAAAAAAAAAAAAAAGUAGUCCUGGAUGAUGGUUAUUCUGGGGAAAACAAAUUGAUAGAAUAAAGGAUGGCUACAAAACAGAAGUAUGAAUGUUUUUUUUCUUAAUUGGUUAGGGCUAAAUCCUGAUAAAUACUAUGGGAUAAUCAGAGAAAUGACAAUGCCUUAGAUGUAUAUUUCCUUUUAUAAAUUAGGAUCAUUUGUUCCGGAUCUUUUCUAUUAAACCUCCUACUUUUCUUUUUACAUCCUUGUUUUCUAAUGUCAGCAUUUUCAGACAAACUGUCUUUCUUUGUCUGAGUUCCAGUCAGAUUCAGCCCCUUUCCAGGAAACUGGACUCACAGCUAAGCCCGUUAAGCAGUGUGCAUUUACUUUCUACAUGUUCACCUUGACUUGAGAAUGUUCGGUGUUGUAUGUGUUAAGGUAGCAGGUCGAAGUCCGAGAGGUCAAAGAAAGAGCCAACACUUUUUUUUUUUUGUUCUUUUAAACAGAAUAUGCAGAAGUAUUGCAAAAAAAAAAGAAAAAUAAUCUGACAAUCAUCAGGGUUUUUCGUAGGGAACCAUGAUAGGAGUUCCCUGACUGGCAAAACAGUUUGAAAAUAUCACUGUUGGGUUUCUUUUCCCCGCUUUCUCUGGUUUUCAAAAUAAAGAUGAUUUACUCUAUGGA